CGAAGAAGACAUCCUGUUGCAGCUGAGCCCAGCCAGCCAUGAGUAGCAGUCCUUUUGCGUCGACCUGUGUAUGGUGCAGUCUUUUUCUCCGCAUCCUCAGUCCUGUUGAAGUUUGUGCACAGCCCUGCAACUGCAAGCAAUCAUUCAUCAGCGCAGCUAAGAGAAAAGACCGCAAUGGAAGGGUGGAUGAGUCACGUGCGCGCUAGACUGUUCCAGAGAGAUUGUACGCAAAAGGACCCCUUCAGUGGUAUCUUCAACACCUUGUCCAAACUAGCGCAUCAGCUUGACUUACGGGAUACACUUUGGGAUGAGGUACAGAGACCCAGUUCUGAAGGAGAUGUUGGGCUGACGGUUGACCACAGAGAACUAUACCUCCAGCUCAGAGAGAGUGAACAUAUAACAGAAAAGCUCUCUCAGACAGUCUCUGACCUGACCACCGUCAUGUACCUGAAAGAUGCUGAGCUUCAAUACUGCCACUCACAAGUCUCCCGCUAUCGGAAGGAAGCUGUCACUCAAGCCAGGGAGGCCAACCUUCUGCAGGCCAGCCUAUCAGAGUUUGAGUUUGCAUUGGCGAGCCAAUCAAAGGAGUUGGCAGCCCUGCGGUUGGAGCAGCGGGAGCUGAAGGAGGGGCUUGCAGCAGCCUGGAGAGAGAAAGAAGAGCUUCUGGAGCGAUGGAUGGAUGAGAAGAAGGAGGAGGCGGAGAGGGUGAACAGGCACAAUGACACACAGGAAAGGUGGCAUCGUUUCGCCCGGCGACUCAACAAGCAUCACCGUAGAGAGAUGCUGCGACCAGGUGAGCAGACCAACUCCUGGACGACUGGUAGGCCUACAACUUAACCAGCAACCACCAUACAGAGUAAGACUUCCAAUAGCCUGAAAUGAUCCUCAUUGGGUGGUAGCUAUUGUAGCUCUUUAUGCAUACUCUAAUCACAGUGAUAUACAGUGCCUUCUGAAAGUAUUCAGACCCCUUGACUUUUUAAAUGUUUUUGUUAAGUUAGCCUUAUUUUACAAUUGAUUUAAAUUGAUUUUUUCAAUCUACACAUAAUACCCCAUAAUGACAAUUCAAAAACAGGUUUUUAUGCAUUUUUGCUCAUUUAUAAUAAUAAAAAACCCUGAAAUCUCACAUUUACUUAAGUAUUCAUACCCUUUAAUCAGUACUUUGUUGAAGCACCUUUAGCAGCUUCUACAGCCUCGAGUCUUCUUCAGUAUGACGCUACAAGCUUGGCACACCUGUAUUUGGGGAGUUUCUCCCAUUCUUCUCUACAGAUCCUCUCAAGAUUUGUCAGGUUGGAUGGGAAGUGUUGCUGCACAGCUAUUUUCAGGUCUCUCCAGAAAUGGUAGAUCAGGUUCAAGUACAGGCUCUGGUUGGGCCACUCAAGGACAUUAGAGACUUGUCCCGAAGUCACUCCUGCGUUGUCUUGGCUGUGUGUUUAGGGUCAUUGUCCUGUUGGAAGGUGAACCUUCAUCCUAGUCUGAGAACCUGCUCCAGAGUGCCGCAUGGCCUCCCUGACGAAGGCCAUGCAGCCAAAACGCGUCGGUUUAAAAAAAAACUUUGUUUCUAUUGAACAUGCCAUACUAAUAAAGGCAUUUUAAUUAAUUAUAUGAAGAGUGCCUUGGUCCUCCUUUCUGAAGGUAUUUUAUACAUUUGGUAAAAUUUCUAAACCUGUUUUCGCUUUGUCUUUAUGGGCGGCAGGUGGUGAGAGCGGUGUGCCAGUAACUGAAAGGUUGCUAGAUUUAAUCCCCGAACUGACAAGGUAUAAAUCUGUCGUCCUGCCCCUGAACAAGGCAGUUAACCAACUGUUCCUAGGCCGUCAUUGUAAAAUAAGAAUUUGUUCUUAACUGACUUGCCUAGUUAAAUAAAAAAUAGGGUAUUGUGUGUAGAUGGCUGAGAUUUAUUUAUUUGAUCCAUUUUAGAAUAAGGCUAAAAUGGAACAACAUUUUUAAAAAGUCGAAGGGCUCUGAAUACUUUCCCGAAGGCAUUAUAUGUUGUGACGUGUGCUUAACUGUCCCACUGUCUAUUCUCCUGAAACACACACAGCAGUGGCAGGCACACUCUUGUGUCCCAACUAAUGUCAAUGUCUGCUUUGAUCAGAGGAGGGUGGUGCACACUGCCCAGGAUGGACCUUGACCUUUUUCCCCAAAAGCCUCCUGUACUGAAACACUCCUUCCUGUUAGACACACUGAAAAAACUAGACCUUGAAUGUGACUUUUUUUUGUAUACAUUGAAGGAUAUUUGAAUGUGGGCUUUUAAUCAAUACUGUUGUGAAUUUCAGAUACUGUAUGUAUAGGCUGGUAAAUUAGUACCCAAGACAAUGUUUUCAAAUACCAUGAGAAUAAAGUAACUGUUCAGUCAUAUUUGUCACUAAAACACCUCUGUCCUGUGA